UAUGGAAUUUUAAAUUGAUCUCAUUAUGGGAUAUCCGUUUUUUAUACACGUCGAGUUAUGAUCCGGUUUUAAGACCUACCCACUCAGUGCUCUUAUUGGUCUCACACACACUCUAGAUUCCCACUAAGCCUUCCCCUAUUUAAGAUGACCUUAAUUUAAAAUAGGUGGAGAGGGUAUAGAGGGUAUAAAAAGUAUAUACGGAUUGGGGGAGGAGGUAGAGGUAUGAAGGUUAUAGGGUAUAUAGGUUGUAGGGUAUAAGGGAGAAUAUAUAGGCUGGAGGCAUCUCAUAAUAAAGUUAUAUACUGUAUAUAGCUAAUAAAUAAAGUUUUUUUUAAUUAAUCAGAUGGCAGAAGAAUGAUUGGAGGUAAAUUGGAAGCUCCAGAAAGCAAGCCUGACGAGCUUUGGGGAAAGCUGAUAGUUGAUUCCGUAACAAAAAGAAAAUUUUUUGGGAGUCAAGAACAAAGUAGUAGCAAACAAAAUGACAACGAGGAGAGUCAGAUAAAGAUAAAAAAUGUAAAUCAGAAACGAAAAUUCUCAUUUGGAUCACUCUUCACGAGGCUGAGAAAAGGGACUAUUACAAAUAAUGGUUCAGAUAGAAAUACCUCACCAGAUAAAGUACAAAAAAAGAAAACAUCGAUAAUUUAA